AGUUGCGCAAGCGGCAGCGGCUCCAACGGCUGCCGCUUUCCCGGGGAGCUGACGGCCGAGAUGGCUGCAGCUCGGAAGUCGGGCGGAACCUCACGCCUCGCUCCAGUCCCUGGCGCUGAGGCGACUGCCUUUCCCGCCCGACUCCUCCUCGCCCCCGGGGCCAGAGCGCAGGGCAGAGAGAACCCAGGAGGGUCGGAGCUGUAGAGAUGACAUUUUCCAACCAUGGAGAUGCCAGCCAAUUUUCUGCUAUUGUAUGAAGUUGUUAAAACCGAAAGGAAGAAUUGCCUCUUACACAUACUGAAGUGCUUUGCAUCAUCUCAUUUGAGCCAAUCUACUCUUCAUCAGGGGAGAGGAUCAAAAUUCAGAUCUAUGAAUGUGCUUUUCUCCAGAAGCAAUACACGUGAUGGGGGAGAACAUAUUGAAGGUGGCAAGAAAGGGAGACUCAAAGAUAAGCAUCUACUCAUCUUCCUAGUCACGUGGCAACCUGAUGAAUUUGACUUCAGGGGGAUCAUUUCAGAUCGUCAGUUUUAUCACUUUGUACUGUGGACCAAAUGGGGGUCUGUGGACUGUCCUGCCCCUGGAGUUCUGAUGAGAAGAUUCAAAAAGACCAACCCCCCCCACCAAAAAAGAAAGAGAGAUUUCUUUGAAAGAAUGGGCUCUUACUUCAAUACAACUGAUUGGUAUCCUUAUAAGAAGAAUAAAUUUGGACAGAGACACAUACAGAAGGAAGACUACAUGAAGAAGACAGCCGUCUGCAAGUCAAGAACUCAGGCCUAGAACUGAUCCUUCCCUCAUGGCUUAUAAGGAACCAACCUCACCUACACCUCAAUCUCAGAUUUCUGCCUCCAGGACUGUGAAAAAAUCAUUAUCCGUUGUUGAAGUCUGUGGUACUGUGUCAGGGAGCCCCAGGGGACUAAAAUGUUAUCUCUUCUCCCUCAUUUCCUGUUGUUUCCUGCAGAAACUCUCCAACCAAGUCAGGCUGCCCUCCUCAUUGUCCCUUGACUGUGCCAUCUUUAUGCCAACUCUGGGCUUUGGUCCAUAUGGUGUCAUAUACUGUGCCUUCUCCCUGGAGUACCUGAUGACCUCCCCUCAUCUAUCAGGGGUCAGCAAAACACAGUGCAUAAGCCAAACCCAACUUACCCUCUAGUUUUUAAACAAAGUUUUCCUGGGCAUAUCCAUGGCCAUCCAUCUGCCAUUGUGUGGCUGCUUCCAUUUUACAGAGCAGAGCUGUAUACCUGCAGAACUGCAGAGUUGCAGAGCUGCAGGAGAGACCAUGUGGAGCCUGCAAAGCCUAAAAUAUUUACUGUCUGACCCUUCAUGGAAAGAGUCAGCUAAUCCCUGAUCCAUUUAAAUAUCAUCCAUUCCUGGAGGCUUCCAGGACUCUCUACUGCCCACCAUGUUUCCUCUUCUGAUCUCCUGCAACACUGAGCCUGAGAAUUUUUAAUAAAAUCCUGAAUUUAAGUUUUAGAUCCACUCUAUCGGAGGCCAAAUGACUCUGGGUAAUAUUUAAACUUUCUGAGCCUACUUUCUUCACCUAUAAAAAGGCAAUGAUAUUAUUCAUUCAAAGAGUUUUGGGGGCUGGGGAGAUAACUGGUAGAGUGCUUGCCUCUCAAGCACAAGGCCCUGAGUUUGAUCCCCAGUACCGCAAAAAAAUGCUUAAAAAAGAGUUUUGCUUAAGGGUUAAGUAGAAUAAUAUUUGUAAAAAAAAUUUGUAAUAUGGUAAAUAUAUAA